AAUGACAAAAGACAUUAAUCACAACCUUCGCUAUGGAGUUUAAAUUAGCCCUAACUUAAAAUAAAAUCGAUACCAAAAAUCAAUCACAAACGUCUUGUUUUACCAGUUAUCCCUCAAAAUCCUGGAGUUGGCUAUUACUCUCCAAAUCUUUAAAGCAUUUACUCAAAUCCAAAAGUAACUAGAUUAAGAAGUGUCACUAAAAUACCAACUCUUCAUGAUGUUUCUAAUGAAAAGAUAAAUAUCUAAAAAAGUCAUAAAAAAUACUCACAGAAAUUUACUAUAUUGGAAAUGCUUCUCAAAGAAGUUGAUGAAGAAGUAGAUUAAGACAUGAGAGACAAUCCUGUAUUUAUAUUUUAUAUAUAAUAAUAAGAAAUGUGUUAG